AGGGUGCAUAGAUUUUUCAUGAAUACAGUGAUGAGUGGAACAUGUCAAUGCUCUGCCUAUUACUCUCAGUUUCAUUCGUCCAUGGUUGGCCGACCUUCUUCUCCCUUUGGGGCAGUUCUCAAGAUGACACCACAACACAAGAUGCAUCACCAGAUGAUGGAAUCCCUGCAGCCCUUGAUGGAAUCCCUGCAGCCCUUGAUGGAGUCCCUGGAGCCUUUGAUAGAGUUCCAGCAGCCCUUGAUGGAGUCCCUGCUGCUGCUGGAACCCUGCUGAAGAAGCCAACCACAACCACCACAACUACUACAACGACAACCGCAAGGUGGCCGACCGAGGAGACCACGACGCAGACCACGGGAAUGGACACUACAACCACAACAGAGAUGCCAACGACGACUACAGAGGUACCAACGACGACGACGGAGAUGCCAACCACGGAAAUACCGACUACAACCACAGAAGAACCAACCACCACCACGAAGUCAACAACGACAACGAGCAAUACACCAACUCCAGGAUUUCCAAAUUGGGUGCUAUAAUUGGCAAGUGAUAAGAUAAUAUCCACUAUUCAAAUAACUAUUAAUGUUAAAAAAAAAUUCAGUAUUAUAAAGAACACAAACAAUAUUAAUAAUAAGUUAUUCUUUAUAUUCAGUAACAGUAUUAAUUCUGUUUGUUUAUGUCGUUGUAAAAAUUAUACAAAUAAAUUAAUUUGGAAAUAUGAACAAA